UCUACUUGUUGGAUAAAUUGGCCUCUCAAUAUUUGGACUACGCGGGAAAGCCUUUCGAGCUCAACCGCGUCUCGUCUUUGCACUUAUUGAGUCGAACAAAUAUCUGAAUCUGAGUUCAACGAAUAAGUCGUGGACUCUUAAUCUUAACUGCUCAAUUACUUUUUGCACAUCGUAAUUACGUUAUCGCAUAAUUAGUAUCUAUUAUCCAGUUUGUUCUUCCAACGGAUUUCAAUUCUUGGAGAACUAAGCCCUUGUAUUCAUUGCAAGUGCACGACCGGUUCAUAAAAAAGUCCUAAACCUAUAAAGAUGAAGCAGUUUCUCUUGCUCUGUGGUGCGACCGCUGUGGUUGUCAGUGGUUCAGCCGCUCCUGCUGUGCCAGUUGUACCCUCUCCUUUCGUGAAUGGCGAAGCCUUCCUAGGAAAACCCAUUGAAGAGGGAUCUGGCAACGCUGUGAUUCCCAAAGGCUGGGCCGAUCCAGAGGAUCAGAGUGGAUGGGAUUACCGUGUCUUGUUCAAGACUAAAGGCGGAAACGGUGCAGACAAGAAUUUUCUUGAGCGGGAUAUCUUUGAAGUUUAUGAUUUUCAUUUUCGAGAGGGAAAGGAGCUUUAUUUUAUCAUCUUGUUGUAGUUCUACUUUGUUCUCAGGUCUAUUUCUGACAGAAGAAGUAAUAUCCGUGGAAAUCAAGAACCUUCACACAGACAGGCACAGGAAUGAGUAGGUGUACUUACGUAGAAAGUUGCUCUUAGAUGAAACUUCCCAGCACAUUGAUUUCCCUGAAACAAGAACUCCCUACUUCCAGUUCCAGUUACCUCUUCUAAUAAAAGAUCGAUCUGCAAGCAUCUCGGGAAGCCAGGACUGCUCCAGGGUCAACUGGAGCUGCAGGCCAAGGGGUUGAGAAACAACAGCGUCAGCGUUUCUUGGUGCUCCGUCACACCGUUUUGUCCCCGAAAGUCGUUGCUGCUAUUGGAGAUUUCAAGCUUGUUAAUGGGCAAACGAAUACGCAGAUUCCCUUUGGCAGUGGUGCAGACAUUGAAAACGCUAUCAAAGAGGAAAGUGGAAAUGGUGCAGCGACUUUAGCACAGACUUUGGGCAAACUCAAAAAGUGGAAUUUGACUUUUCCCGAACGCGUGGCGAACAAUGCUGCCAAUGGAGAUCCGCAGUUAUCUGAGCUUUCCCUCAGAAUCGGUCGUGGUCGUGGAGUUUCGAAUACAGUUGUUCCUGUUUCUCCGUCGGUUGCUGGAUCGACACCUACAACCACUGCGCUGAAUGUUGUUCCCAACAAAAAGAGCUUCGCAGAGCUUGUUUGGGACACCUAUUCCUUGCCUUUGCGCGACGAAGUUGAGGGCGCCGCAGGUGGUGUCAACAUCUUGUCUUGGUCUCCGACGCAACGAGGCUCCGUUGUCCUCUCCCACUUGUUGGUGAAACUCGAACUACCCUCCACGCCUGCUCCUUUCGUGGCAAGUAGCCCAACUGACGAGCCUCAGUGUGUGAGUGGGAAAGCUCUGUCUAUUGGCGGUGUAGUCGAGUGGCGAGUUGAGGAGGGCAAGACCGAAUUGUCUUUCGUCAAAGGCCUGGACUCAAGUGCGACUCAGCUGUCGCUGCCACGUGGCAUGCGCACCACUAGGUCAUCUGCUACAACAACACGAAGUAGCACCUUCCCUUUGAAGAACAUCUAUCACCCCUCUGACGUGUUCAUGUUGCAGAUGGCGGACAAGGAACAGAAGAGGUUGGGCAGCGUCGCUCUGCGUCCAGUCCUACUUCAGUUGGUGCCCGAUCAAAUCUUCCCUGAGCCUGCACUUUUAUCUUCUACAACUUCUUCAUCUGGACAGGGACAGCUAGCACAACAUGCACAGCAACAAGCACAGGAGUCUGCAACACAACAACAUCAGCAAGGACAGGUUUCCCAUCAACAAGCUUCUGCGGUUUCUUUUUCCAAAUCUUCAAUCCGCGUCGUAGCUUACACCAAAUCUAGAUUGGCGAAGUUGUCUUCUCGUGCGAAUGCCAAUGAUCCUUCGCCUUACCUCGAGCCAAUUCACCUUGAUUCUCUUAACCUCCCGGACGGCGUUGAAACCGUUUUGGUCGUACAACUCCAAGCCGAUCCAGCCUUCAAAGUUCCCUUCAAGAGAAAACUCGGAGGAUCAACUGAGGAAAACGAUCCAACAAUCGUGAAGAUGGCUGCGUCGUUUGCCCAGUUGCCGGAUUUGAAAAGACCGAUUGGCUUUGGUAGGUCCAAAAUUUACAACAACGAUGAUGUAGUCGAUUUCGACCCACAACAGGAGAAACUCUUUCUGCGCACAGAGGAGGCUAGAAAGAACUGGAAGACCACGAAGCCGACCGACACUGCCAGAGGCAGCGACAUCGAGAUGGCUUUCAAACAGGUGUCCGACUCUGACCGUUGGGUGAAAUCGUCCUUGCAUCCCACUAUGUGGGCGUUUUUUGGAGUGGUCAUCUUCUUCGCGUUUGUUAUCGCUGUCAAAGAGCGACCGGAUUGCAGCACGGAAGAGGAAGAAGACUCGGACGUUGUCGAUGUCGAAAAUGAAAAACGUAAUACUUUUGAUUAUACUCCCGAGUGCAUUUCUUGCUGCAAAUUUACUUACAGUUUAACAAGUACUAGAAACAUAUUUAUAAAUAUUUAUAUGUACAGAUUCUUGAUAUUAUACAAGCACAGAAGGGUAACAUCCUGCUAAAUUUAUUUCCAAACCCCCACUUUCUCACAUCACUCACUACAGGUACGACCGUCUCUGACGGCUUCCGCCGAUUCCAACUUCUUUACCUCUUGGGUUGGUACUUCUGCAUGUUUUCCGACUGGUUAAACGGCACGGUCCUGUUUGAGGUGAUAGUAUUCGAGUACGGUUGGUCCGACCCAUCGCAGAAGAGGCAUUACUUCAACGAACUAAUGGUCUGCGGUUUUUUGACGGCUGUGCUUUUAGGAAUGUUCAUUGGUUCCGUUGCAGAUACGAUCGGCAGAAAGGCAGCCUGCCUCACUUACUGCGUCAUGUACUUGUUUACAUGUUGCCUUCUUGUUGUAUCUUCUUAGCUUUGAUCCUUAUUGUCUUUUUCGAUACUAUCGGACCACACGGACUACUUUGGAUAAGAAGUUGCAUUCAUCAUUCAUCUAAACUAGACUUACUUCCUAGUUUUCAGCACAAAGAAUUACCUCAACAUCCUCAGUUUGUCUUAUCGUACUUUCCCCACAGGAACGGACUAAUGGCCUUGUCGUAUUUUUUCAAUUCGUAUUGGAUCCUCGCCGCCGGUCAGUUCGCAAAUGGUAUUGCGACUCGUUUGCUCCAUUCGACUUUCGAAGCUUGGUAUGUGAGCGAGCAUAUGAAGCGAGGCUACAGCGGGAGACGUCUAGGUUCCACCUUAGGUUGGAUGUACUUUGGUUCGUCCUUGUCUGCCAUUCUCGCUGGCGUAGUAUCCCAAGGACUGCAGAAUUUGAACGGCAACCCGUCGAUCCCGAAUGCGGUGGGCAGCAGUGGCGAUGGUGACAUUGGAUCCUACACUGGUGGAAAGCCCUUUAGCCACAUUUCCGCACAUUUUGGCGGUAGAUUGAACGUGUACGCUGCGAUGCUCGUGUGUCUGGCCAUAGGCUUUUCCAUCAUUCUAGUGGGGUGGAGGACAACCAAAGACAACCAAGGCAAUGACCAGUACGAUGGGAAAGAAGACAAUGAAAAGUCCGCUAAAGUCGCGGCUGCUGGUGAUAUCGACGACGAAGAUGAACAACCACUCUUCCUUCAACAAUGUAGUUCCUCAGGUCAACCAAGGUCGCGAGAGUCUGUCAUCAGUGUUGAUGCCGGACAUCCUCUUCAGCGAACAUCAAUCUCUUCUUCCAACAACAAGUGUCUCCUUGCUGCAGCAGGUGGCAAUGAGAAAACCACAGGCAGAGCGAGUGCCAUGUCAGUAACCCCUAAAAGCCAAGACGGUCAAGAAGCAGAUGAUAAAAACCAGCCACCAGGCGUGUUGCGCUCCAUCAGUUUAGCGAUGCGACACAUGACUAUUACUGACCGACGCGUCCUUUUAGUUGGUGGAGGCGUCGCCCUGUUUGAAGCGUCGCUCUACAUCUUUGUCUGCAACUACUGCGACACUUUUUUUGUGGUGGAUGGAUACCUAAACAUCCCAGCAAGCGAUCAUAAGUUCAGUCAGCCGCUCGUUUUUUCGACAUUGCUCAGUGGUACUUUUUACAUAUUGAUUUUUGUUUCAUCUCUAUUUGUUGGGACUGCUUCUAGUCCCAGCUAAAAACGCGUAUAAGAACCAAUGUCUUUCAACAGUAUACUUCAUCGGGCCCGAUGGAAAUAUCCUCCACCUGCUUACAACAGCCUUCCCUUGUUAUAUAUAAUUACCUCGUCCAACAAGUACAGCUAAUUAUUAGUAGUUGUCGUUGUCGUACAACUUCUACAAUCCACCAAAUAACAUAAUCCACAGGUUUCCUCAUCGGCAGUUGUUUGUGCAACGUUUUCGUUGGCAAGGGGUUUACUGUUAAGGGAAUGUCAUCAGGCAUUUUGCUUUUGGGAGCUCUCGGCCUCUCCUUUCCCGCAAUCUGUGUCAAGGUUCUCGAAACUCAAUUUGUGGAAGCUAGGAAGCUCCUCUACUUACCGGGAACCGAGUUCGACAACAGCAAAACCAUAUUGACGCUGCAGCUGGUACAUCUACAUUUAUAACCUAUGUAUUUGCUCGCAGAAUAUGCAUAUUAGUUCCCUCUGUUGCUUCAACAAUUGAGGAUGAGUAUGAAUCUCACUCUAGUACAUGAUCUACUUUACCAACCACUACAGUUAAUCUUCUUCGGUUUCUUCCUGUUCGAGAUGGCUGUCGGAAUGUACUUCCCAACGAUGGGAGGGGUUAAGGCUUCCCUUGUCCCAGAAGAAAUCCGUGCUACGCUGUACAACAUCUUUUACAUUCCCUGCAAUAUCCUCAUCUGCUUGGUCUUGUGCUGGCACUUUCUUUCGGGUGCCAGACUCUCCCUCUUCGCCAACCUUUCUGUGGCUAUCGCGGCUUUGGGCAUUGGCUUCGUUUUGAUGCUCACUUUUUACCUGUUGGCAAGGAAAAACGACGAGCAAGAGUCAGAUGCGGAAGCGGAGGGAGAAGAUUAAGGCACUGGAAGAGGUAGAGGAGGAAGAAGAGUUGACCUUUCUGUUAUUUUUUUCAACAUGGGUGACUACCUCGUUGAGGACUGUGUGUGAAGCAUCGUCCUUGACCCAGGAAGAUACAUUUGGAGGAAGAAAGAGGUUUGAUGCAAGCCUGUCUGAAGAUACAUGGAUGAAGCCCGACUAAACUAGAUGAUUGAGCCUCGUGCUGGGAGCCAAAAAUCGCAUCUAAGAAGAAGCCGGUCUGCAGUUUGUAGACGGAGAAAAGCAGAACGACAAGUACUAUCAGUUGCAAGAGGACCAAAUGCUCACUGAUGAAAGCGAUUACCAACCUGCAGGCAAAACGCGUCGAUAGACGAUCGACGACAUUGGUAUGGGACCGGUUUCUCUCGUACCUAGGUUGUGGAGAUCCUCUUAAAAACUGAUGUCGACGAGGCGCAAGAAGAAAUCUUUUUCUAGGUAUUGAAUGAAACAACCGUGUGAAAAGACAGAAAUAGAAAUCUAGCGAAAAAUUUAAGAAGAUUGUCCUGAUCUUCAUGAUUUCUAAUCUACACUUAAAUAAUUGUUCUUGACGUUGUUCUAGAGAAAGAUGAAGAAGUCAGGUGGUAUCCAUCGUGAUUGAAGGAACUUUACAGUAUGAAAAACACACAGGACGAGACGCAGGAGGAGUAAGAGUAUGAACAUCAAAAGAAUUAUGAAUCACAUGACAUAGAUAGAGGUAGGAUCAUUAUGGCGCACAGACACUUCAAUAGUGGCAAUUCAUAACGCAUAAAAAUUGCCAAAGAACCAUACAUGAAGCAUGUGGUGGGCUUCUUUGCCACACUGAAUCUGAAAGUUCGUUUACCAUUUAUAAGCUCUUCCUGCUACGAACAAGAACAUGACCUCAUAUUUUACUCUUUGGCCCCAUGAUAAAACAAGAUCUAAAGAUGCGAACUAUUUUUCCACGAAUAUCCCUCCUGCACAAGCACAUGCAACACCUUCAAGAGCCCUUUAAUCGCAUAUAGUAAGCCAA